AUGGGGGUCUCGGGAAAAUGGCUUAAAGCAUUGGUUGGAAUGAAGAAGCCAGAUAAGCCUCAGUCCUCAGAGAAAGUUGAAAAUAGAACAUCUGCCAGCAAGUCUCGCCAUCGUAGAAAGAACUCGGUGGAGAUUGGUGACAAUAUACUUCAGCAGGAGCUAAAUCACAAUGUUGCAGCAGUAACUGGUGACUCUGUACCAGAGGCUUUAGGAUCUCCCGCUACCUCAAGUCAGCUACAUGAUGUCAAUCAUAAUCAACAGAGAUUACAUGAAGAAUGGGCUGCCACCCGCAUUCAAACAGCAUUUCGGGGGUUUCUGGCUAGAAGAGCGCUGCGUGCUUUGAAAGGGCUUGUGAGGCUUCAAGCACUUGUGAGAGGCCAUGCUGUAAGAAAGCAAGCUGCCAUAACUCUUCGCUGUAUGCAAGCUUUGGUAAGGGUUCAGGCUCGCGUAAGGGCACGACGUGUUCGUUUGGCAUUGGAGAAUCAAACAGAGCAGCAAAAACUUCAGCAACAAAUUGUCGAUGAGGCACGAGUUCGCGAAAUAGAAGAGGGGUGGUGUGACAGUAUAGGUUCUGUUGAACAAAUUCAAGCAAAGUUACUGAAGAGACAAGAGGCUGCAGCUAAGCGUGAAAGAGCUAUCGCAUAUGCAAUUUCUCAUCAGUGGCAGGCAGGGCCUAGGCAGCAGGUUAUUCCCUCGGGGUUUGUUCCGGACAAGAGCAGUUGGGGUUGGAACUGGUUGGAGAGAUGGAUGGCCGUCCGUCCAUGGGAGAACCGGUUUCUCGACAUCAAGGAAGGAGUGACGAUCCACGAGAAUGAACCGGACGACAAAAAUGGCUCCAAACCUCAGGCAAAGUCUACGGGCAAGAAACCAGCUGCCCAGGCAAACGUCCCUAGUCAGAAAACAGGUCCUUCUCAUUCCAAUGCCAGCAGCUCCUCACCUACAAGCAAACCAGCAGGCAUACAGGAGGCGCCAUCAAACACGCAUUUCACGAAGCCAAAGCCUAAGCAAGUUGCUGGACUGAUAACUGAAGAAGCCAGCUCUCGACCACCGGGGACUGCCCCGAGAUCUCACAGCAACCCGAAAGAGAGAACCGCUCAACCUGGCAAACCCGUGAAGAAGAGGCUAUCUCUUCCCAAUAAAGGCGGAGAUUCAGGGACCGAUGCAGCCAGGCAAGGCAGACUGGCGAAAGGCUCGUCGCCUGCAACGUCUAAGAAGCCCGUGAAGAAGAUGAGCGGGAAAGCAGACUCGUCGAAUAACGCCAAUGCAGCCGUUGCAGUUGCACCAUCAGCUGUUGAAGUUUAG